ACACUUUCAACAUGAACCACUCAGCUGAGUUGUCUCCUUCAGAGGAAAUGGCCCCUAUGGAGUUUGACGGUGGGACAGUAGCAGCUUGUGUGAUCCUGGGUCUGUCCUUCCUGGUUGGAGUUCCAGGGAACCUUCUGGUGAUCUGGACCAUCCUGAGACACAUCAAGCAGCGUUCCCACACCGUGGUGCUCAUCCUGCACCUGGCCGCUGCGGACCUGCUGGUCCUCAUCACCCUGCCUCUGUGGAUCUACUCCCUGGUCCACUCCUGGGUGUUUGGAGAGGCCUUCUGCAAAGCCUUGGUGUACAUCAUCAGUGUGUGCAUGUUCAGCAGCAUCUUCUUCAUCACUCUCAUGAGUGUGGAGCGCUUUCUAGCCAUCUGCCAUCCAUUUUUCAUAAUGCGCUGGAAGGUCAAGAGUGAGAUGAACCGGUGUCUUGUACUUUUGUGGCUCCUUGCUAUCCUUCUAGGAGUACCUGUCUUACUCACCCAGUCUUUGGAUCAAAAUGAUGGAAGUAAGCAGUGUAUUAUCAGGGAAUUCAGCUCUGUGACUCAAGCGAUCAUCAUCUUGUGCCUGGAGACCUUUGGGGGCUUCUUUUUUCCUUUCAUCAUCAUUAGUAUCUGUUACUGUCUAGUGACAGCCCAACUCAGGAGAAUGAGAUACAACACCAAGCAGAAAUCCUUGGUUCUCGUGUACACAGUUGUCAUAGCCUUCAUUCUGUGCUGGUGUCCUUACCACAUCGUCAACAUCAUGGAUCUGGUUUGCAUCUUAAAGUCAGGCAGUGAGCAUGAUUGUGUUCCAGAGAGUUUCAUUCUUUGCUCCGGUGCCCUUGUGUUCAUCAACAGUUCAUUGAAUCCUGUGCUCUACGCCUUCUUUGCGAGGAACUUUCGAGGGAAUCUCGAGGAUUCCCGACUGGUCAGGUUGUUCCAGGAAAUGGCAACUCACGCCAACAGACUCAUGGAGCUGGUAGUACAGCAGCAGACAAGCCAGGGGGCAGCAAAUACACAGGUAGAGCUGAUGUCUGACCAGUGUGAGGAAAACUGAAUCCCUGAAACUGACAUGCCUGGAAAAUGUGAACUUUGUCUUCUGCAGUUAUUAAUGGACUUUUCAUAAUCGAAGCCUUUGCAUGACCUGAGGGUUUAAUAGCUUGGGUUUGGUUAAUGAUAGAUAAUAUUAAAGGUCACCAUAUUCUCCCAUCCUUGUUUCACUUUCAACUGUGGAUGUCAUUAUAAACAAACGUGACUGUACCGUUUAUGUGUUCCUCAAAGCUUAUACUAAUUUAUUAUGGUGAUCGAAAUUUUCUGACAAUUUGAUGUGGCCUAUAGUGUUGUGUAAUGUGUACUGUGUAUGCCACAAUUAAUGAUGCGUAAUUCCUUUUCUCUAAAUCAAUAUUCUUGGAAAAUGCUAGAGAUUCAGUUUAUGUUUGUUAUUAAAAAAAUUAUUUGUGUA